AUGGACAAUCAGCCCUUCCCCGACGCCCGCGCGCAAUUCCCGUCGCAUAACGAGCCUCGGGUAUGGCUAAUCACGGCGGGGGAUUCACCCAUCGGCAUCUCGGUCGCACGACAGGUCCUUGCGCACGGGGAUUAUGUGCUGCUCGGGCUAGCAUACUCAGUUUUGGAUCGCGACGAGCGUCGCCGCACUGGGUUUGAUGCAUUUCUCGCCGAGGUCGAGCAAAACCGCGAGGGAUGGGAGCAGCGCAUGAAGACGAUCCCCUUGGACAUUCGGAUGAUGGGAGAAUGCCAAGCAAUCGUCGCAGAGGCCGUCGCAACAUUCGGAAGAAUCGAUAUCCUCCUGUGCUGCACGAGUCAAGCCCUCAUCGGAUCUGUCGAAGAGCUGGCGGCUUCGCAGCAAACCUUGAAUCUCGUCCGCGAUCAAUUUGAAAUCAAUUAUUUUGGUCCGCUCAACAUCAUCAAGGCUGCUCUACCCCAUAUGAGAAGGGAACGAUCAGGGCAUAUCAUGAUCAUCUCAGGAAUCACGGCGCAUAUUGGCACACCAGGACUCGGCAUGUACUGCGCAGCAGGCUGGGCUCUUGAAGGAUUCUGCGAUAGCCUGGCUUACGAAAUCGCGCCGUUCAAUGUCAAGCUCACCAUCUUUCAAUGCAGCAUCGAGAUCGGCAUCCUAACCAAUCUCGUCACCAGCGUGCCACCGAUCUUCCCGGCCUAUUCACCCGCUGGCAACAGCGCACCUCUCUUCCGCGGGAUAUUGAAUCACCUUGUCCCGCGACUCCCUGAUGCCUCCCCCAGCGGGACAUCGCGUGACUCCAUUGGAUCUAGUCAAUCCAACGACCAGCAGGAUAACGCCCGUGUCAGUUCUGUUGAGUCGGGUCCGUUUUCCGUCCCAGAGAUUGUCUCCAUGCACCCGCCGUUGAGCUCCGCGCAUCUCGAGGUCCUGGUUGCGGAGACCGUGUACGCCAUUACAUCGAUCGGCGGGCAUGAGAAUCCACCGUCCCGCCACAUCGUAGGACAAGAGGGUGUUGCGAGUGUCAAAGAAAAGCUCAAGACAGUUAGCGAGGAGCUGGAGGACUUCAUCCAGGCUAGCUUCGCUGUAGAUGUUGCGGCCGACUCGGACCCAACUCCUCCUGCAGCGGGAGGUGAAUAA